AACGAUGUAGCAGCCAAUCAACGAUCGGCAUGUAAAGCACGCGGAUCGUCUCUGUUUUAUAUAUUCACUUACAUUCACCAGUCUUUGGCAUAUCAUCAAUCUCUCCGAUCGAUUUACAGAUCUUUGAAAACUUAGCGAGGAGAUAUGUCGGGAAGAGGAAAAGGAGGGAAAGGAUUGGGAAAGGGAGGAGCGAAGAGGCACAGGAAGGUGCUUAGGGAUAACAUCCAAGGUAUCACCAAGCCUGCCAUCCGUCGUCUUGCUCGCAGAGGCGGUGUCAAGCGUAUUAGCGGUUUGAUCUACGAGGAGACAAGAGGAGUCCUCAAGAUCUUUCUCGAGAAUGUCAUCCGCGACGCUGUUACAUACACCGAGCACGCUAGGAGGAAGACUGUUACGGCUAUGGAUGUGGUUUACGCGUUGAAGAGGCAAGGACGCACUCUCUACGGUUUCGGCGGUUAAUCAAAAAUUGGGAUUAAAUGUUACGGUUAUCUGGGAAUCAAUUUGAUUAGUGAAAAGUAAAACAAUGAGUUAGCUUUUAUGCUAUGUCUUGUAGCCAAUGUGAUCUUCAUGUAGCUAAAUCGAUUCUUAAAUGAAAGAGUGUUUGAUCUCUA